CCUGGGACGCUAAGCCGUGUGAGAUGUGACAGUUGGUGGGCAGCCUUCAGAUCCAGGAGAAACCACACUGCAGGCGAAUCGGGCUGAUCUACCCACAUGUUAGCGCUCGGUGCCAGCUGGCUAAAUUAAGAGCAUCAGAGAGUAAUUGAAUAAAAGGCUCCUCACACUCGCCCCACUCACUUCAGGAUAAAUAGGAAUUGAUUGAAGAUCACUCAAAAGUCAAAGUGAAUGUGGAGCCUUAUUUUAUUUCUUUCAGCCUUCCUCUUCUCAUCCACCCCUUCUUUCUUACUCAUCCUGUUUUCUUUUUAGACAGCUUUACCCACCAAAUGUCAUCCGAUUCCAUCAUUUAUUUUACAUUUUUAGUUUCUAAGCUUGAUCUUUCUCUCCUCCUCAUGCUUCAUCCUGUUCUUGUUCAUCCCUACUUUCCUUCCACUCUCAUUUUCUAAGUCCUUUAAAUUUUCUUUUUGUGCCUCUCCUUUGUGCAUCUUUCCUACCUCUUCAUUUCCCCUCCUUCUCUGCUUUCUUUUCUCCACUCCAGUGGUUGAUCUCAUUCAUCCUUCCAUCACUUCUUCAGACCUUCAUCUCUCUGUUUGUCCUGUCGUCUUUUAUCCUCUUUCUCCAUCCCCUUCCUUGAUUUAUUUUCAAUCUCCUCUUCUGUUUUUUUCCCGUCAUGCCUUCUUGUCUUCCUCAUCCUUUUUCCUCAAAUUCCAAUCAUCUAAUUUUCCUGUCAUCUUCCCAUCAAGUCUUCAUUGUCCCUUCUUCCUCUCCUUCUGUCUUUCUGUUCACAUCCUCCCACACUUUCUCCUCUCAUCUCUCACUUCAUUCACCGUCUUCCACCUCCUCCUUCUUUUCCUUUUCCCCCAUCCACUCUCAAAUCCCUCUUGUCUGCUUCUUCUCUUUCAAAGAUCUGAUGCUCGCUCCCUCUCCUCUUCAAGGAUCCCUCGCUCUUUCCUUUCAUCUGUCCUCCUGUUAGUCUCUCCUCCUCCUCUCGGUUCCAGCAGUAGAGAAUCGGUGAACAGCGGAGGCAGCAGCAGUGGUGUCAGUCCGCUCGGCAACAACUUGCACCAAACAGUAUGAGGGUACCAUGCAUCCCAAAUAGGGUUCCUGUCACUGCUCCAACUAGAGCAUGUAGCCAUAUGCUCUGCUCUGUUUUUGCUUCUCAUUGGAAAUAACUGGGCCAGUCUUAUGUCUACUCCACUUUAUGUCAACCUCUGGGCUCCACCGUGCAUGGAUGUGAUCAUUUUUUAAGAUGAACUGGAGGUUAAAUAUACAAAGAUUGUGACGCCAGGAUGGACUUCCCAGAUGAUUCCACUCCUCCUGUUGGGACCACAUUUAUGUCCACUUUUCCACCAAAUUCUUCUGCAGAAGCCAUCAACCAGACGUCCUCCUCGUUGGCGAAAUCCUCUUCUGUUCCUCCUCAUUCGCAGGUGGCGUCGGUGUGCAUUGUGCUGGUGGUCACGGUCAUCAUCCUGGGAACUGUGGUGGGAAACAUACUGGUGGUGGUGGCCGUCUUUACCAGCCGAGCCCUGAGGGCCCCUCAGAACCUCUUCCUUGUGUCUCUGGCUUCGGCGGACAUCUUGGUGGCUACGUUGGUCAUCCCCUUCUCUCUGGCCAAUGAGGUCAUGGGCUACUGGUACUUUGGCUCCACCUGGUGCUCCUUUUAUCUGGCUCUUGACGUCCUCUUCUGCACCUCCUCCAUUGUCCACCUCUGUGCCAUCAGCCUUGACCGCUACUGGUCCGUCACCAAAGCUGUCAGCUACAACCGCAAACGGACUCCCAAACGGAUUAAAGUGAUGAUCAGCAUCGUGUGGCUCAUAUCCAUCGUGAUCUCCUCCCCACCACUCCUCAUGUCCCAGAAAGACAGCGACUUGGAGGCGGAAUAUGGGAGUGAGAUGAGCAGGCAAGAGUGUCUCAUCAACAACCAGACGUGGUACAUCCUCUCCUCCUGCAUGGUGUCCUUCUUCGCCCCUGGUGUCAUCAUGAUCCUUGUCUACUGUAAGAUUUACCGCGUCGCCAAGCAGAGAGCCUCCACUGUGUUUGUGGCGAAGAAUGUGAUGGAACGGCAGCCAUCACAGUCUGAGACCUGCUUUGUGGGUGGUGAAGGUACCUGCCAGAGAAAAGGAAAGACCCAAUAUGAGCCGGAGAGCCCCCAGCCUGGACACCAAUGCAGUUCUUCAAAUGUGGACAGCAACAGCAGCAAUCACAGAAGAGGAGAGCUGGAUGAUAUUGACUUGGAGGAGAGGAUCUCUGAACCUGGCACGAAGGAGUCCUUUUCCUCGUCCCGCCGUUUCCACCGGAGAGUUAGUGGGAGAGUGAAAACAGACGAGGGAAAGGACAUUGAAGGUACAGCAAACAGACUCAAACUCCCUCCUCCUCCUCCACCAUCCUGUGCCUCCAUAUCCUGGGCCUCAUCUGACCAGUGCUCCCAGAAAUUCCUGCUGCCAUCUCCGCUGCCCAUCCGCAACAGACAGAUGUCGCUGUCCAAAACUAAGGUGGCGCAGAUGAGGGAGAAGCGCUUCACCUUCGUCCUGGCGGUGGUGAUGGGGGUCUUCGUGCUUUGCUGGUUCCCCUUCUUCUUUACGUACAGUCUACACGCCAUCUGCAGAGACAACUGCAUCAUCCCCGACACACUCUUCAACCUGUUCUUCUGGAUCGGAUACUGCAACAGCUGCCUGAAUCCCAUCAUUUAUACGAUUUUUAACCGGGACUUCCGCAGGGCCUUCAAGAAGAUUCUGUUCCACGUGCAUGAAAGGACAUGAGAGGGAGCGUUUGAGCAGUUUCUGUCCUGUUCUCCACUGUGCUGUCAAAUCGACAUUAAAGGGCUUGUCACACA